CUCCGGGCUAGGUUGAGUGAGGGCUCUUGGGUUAGUUCCUGUUAGGCCCCGGCCGGGGGAGUAGGUUGAAGUCUCGGAAGAUGCCCGGUGGGUUAGGGCACCCGGAGCUGUGAGGGGAGCGUGAGGCGGCGGCGAGCGGAGACCCACGGCGGGCCUGAGGAGGAGCGGCGGCCGAGCCCGCCUUCCCUGCACCAUGCUCAUAGAGGAUGUGGAUGCCCUUAAGUCCUGGCUGGCCAAGUUACUGGAGCCGAUAUGUGAUGCUGACCCUUCAGCCCUAGCCAACUAUGUUGUAGCACUGGUCAAGAAGGACAAACCUGAGAAGGAAUUGAAAGCCUUUUGUGCUGAUCAACUUGAUGUCUUUUUACAAAAAGAAACUUCAGGUUUUGUGGACAAACUAUUUGAAAGUCUUUAUACUAAAAACUACCUUCCACCUUUGGAACCAGUUAAGCCUGAGCCAAAACCACUAGUCCAAGAAAAAGAAGAAAUUAAAGAAGAGGUUUUUCAGGAGCCAGCAGAGGAAGAACGAGAUGGUAGAAAAAAGAAAUAUCCUAGUCCCCAGAAGAAUCGUUCUGAAUCUUCUGAACGAAGGACACGGGAGAAGAAAAGAGAAGAUGGCAAGUGGAGAGACUAUGACCGAUACUACGAGCGCAGUGAACUGUACCGUGAGAAGUACGACUGGAGGAGAGGCCGCAGCAAGAGCCGGAGCAAGAGUCGAGGCCUGAGUCGGAGCAGGAGCCGCAGCAGGGGUCGCAGCAAAGACCGGGACCCCAACAGGAAUGUUGCAGAGCACAGGGAAAGAUCAAAGUUUAAGAGUGAGAGAAAUGACUUGGAGAGUUCCUAUGUGCCUGCGUCUGCUCCGCCUGCGAACUCUUCUGAGCAGUAUUCCUCUGGGGCACAGUCUAUUCCCAGCACAGUUACUGUGAUUGCACCUGCUCACCAUUCUGAAAACACAACUGAGAGUUGGUCUAAUUACUAUAACAAUCAUAGCUCUUCCAAUUCUUUUGGUCGAAACCCACCACCAAAGAGGCGAUGCAGAGAUUAUGAUGAAAGAGGAUUUUGUGUACUUGGUGACCUUUGUCAGUUCGAUCAUGGAAAUGAUCCUCUAGUUGUUGAUGAAGUUGCUCUGCCAAGUAUGAUUCCUUUCCCACCCCCUCCUCCUGGGCUUCCUCCUCCACCACCUCCUGGAAUGUUAAUGCCUCCAAUGCCAGGCCCAGGCCCAGGCCCUGGUCCUGGCCCUGGUCCUGGUCCCGGCCCAGGCCCAGGUCCUGGCCAUAGUAUGAGACUUCCUGUUCCUCAAGGACAUGGUCAGCCACCACCUUCUGUUGUGCUUCCCAUACCAAGACCACCUAUUUCACAGUCAAGCUUGAUAAACAGCCGUGACCAGCCUGGGACAAAUGCAGUGCCCAAUCUUGCCCCAGUGGGAGCAAGACUACCUCCUCCUUUACCCCAGAACCUUCUUUAUACAGUAUCAGAAAGACAGCCCAUGUAUUCUCGUGAACAUGGUGCUGCUGCAUCUGAGCGACUUCAGUUGGGGACACCACCUCCUCUAUUGGCAGCUCGUUUGGUGCCACCUCGAAACCUCAUGGGAUCCUCCAUUGGGUAUCAUACCUCAGUCUCCAGUCCCACCCCUCUGGUCCCAGAUACAUAUGAACCGGAUGGUUAUAACCCAGAAGCUCCUAGUAUUACCAGUUCUGGUAGGUCACAGUACAGACAGUUCUUUUCAAGAACACAGACACAACGCCCCAACUUAAUUGGCCUAACAUCUGGAGAUAUGGAUGCAAAUCCAAGAGCUGCUAAUAUUGUCAUCCAGACUGAACCACCGGUUCCUGUUUCAAUUAAUAGCAACAUAACCAGAGUAGUCCUUGAACCAGAUAGCCGAAAAAGAGCUAUGAGUGGUUUGGAAGGACCGCUCACAAAGAAACCUUGGCUGGGAAAACAAGGAAAUAACAGUCAAAAUAAGCCAGGAUUCCUUCGGAAGAAUCAGUAUACCAACACUAAGUUAGAGGUCAAAAAAAUCCCUCAGGAACUGAACAACAUUACUAAGCUCAAUGAGCACUUCAGCAAAUUUGGAACCAUAGUUAAUAUCCAGGUUGCUUUUAAGGGUGAUCCAGAAGCAGCACUCAUACAAUAUCUAACCAAUGAGGAGGCCAGAAAAGCCAUUUCUAGCACAGAAGCAGUCUUGAACAAUCGAUUCAUUCGAGUCCUGUGGCAUAGGGAAAACAACGAGCAACCAGCACUGCAGUCCCCAGCACAGCUUCUCCUGCAGCAGCAGCAGCAUACCCUGAGCCACCUCUCCCAGCAACACCACAGCCUACCGCAGCAUCUUCAUCCACAGCAGGUGAUGGUCACCCAGUCUCCUCCCUCAUCGGUCCAUGGAGGUAUACAGAAGAUAAUGGGCAAACCACAGACCCCGGGUGCCUAUGUUCUUAACAAAGUUCCAGUUAAACAUCGUCUUGGACAUGCAAGUGGUAACCAGAGUGACACGUCACACUUGUUAAAUCAGCCUGGUGGUGCUGGGGAGGAUUGUACGAUAUUUUCAACUCCAGGCCAUCCAAAAACAAUUUACAGCUCCUCAAACUUAAAGGCACCUUCAAAACUUUGUUCAGGGUCUAAAUCUCAUGAUGUUCAAGAAGUUCUUAAAAAAAAACAGGAAGCAAUGAAGUUACAACAAGAUAUGAGGAAAAAGAGGCAAGAAAUGUUAGAAAAACAGAUAGAAUGCCAAAAGAUGCUGAUAUCUAAGCUAGAAAAAAACAAAAAUAUGAAACCAGAAGAAAGAGCAAAUAUAAUGAAGACCUUGAAAGAACUUGGAGAAAAGAUCUCACAACUAAAAGAUGAAUUAAAAACAUCUUCUACAGUGUCCACACCAUCCAAAGUAAAGACAAAAACAGAGGCCCAGAAGGAGUUACUAGACACAGAACUGGACCUCCACAAGAGACUGUCUUCAGGUGAAGAUACAACAGAAUUACGGAAAAAACUUAGUCAGUUACAGGUUGAGGCUGCAAGAUUAGGUAUUUUACCUGUUGGGCGAGGAAAAACCAUGUCCUCUCAAGGUCGAGGAAGAGGCCGAGGUCGAGGAAGAGGGAGGGGCUCACUAAAUCACAUGGUGGUGGACCACCGCCCCAAAGCACUCACGGUUGGGGGAUUCAUUGAGGAGGAAAAGGAUGAAUUGCUUCAGCAUUUCUCAGCUGCAAAUCAAGGGUCAAAAUUCAAAGACCGUCGACUACAAAUAUCAUGGCACAAGCCCAAGGUACCGUCUAUAUCUGCUGAGACUGAGGAAGAAGAAGUCAAAGAGGAGGAAACAGAAACCUCAGAUUUGUUCUUGCAUGAUGAUGAUGAUGAAGAUGAAGAUGAGUAUGAGUCUCGUUCAUGGCGAAGAUGAAAUUUGAUGCGAGCUGUAUAAUUUUUAGAAAUAUUGUUUAGAAGAACAACUUUUUAAAAUUAUUUAAAGAAGUCAAUGAGCCAAAAAAUUUUGUUUAUUUUUCUCUUCAACACAGUAGGUUUAAGGACAGCAAGUUUGCUAUUUAAACACAUCUCAUAAUUGUCUGGGAUAUUAAAGCACCAAAGGCCUAGUGACUUUACAGUUGAGAAGAUCCACAAGAAUGGCAUGGAUUCUCUAGAGCCUUAUCUCCCACACCACCUGUUUUUGUUGCUGUUGGUGUCGGAUUACAAUGUAAAUGACAGGGUGUUCAGAAAUUUUAUUUUGGAUUAUAAUCUGCUGAUAAAAUUUCAUUAAAUGUCAAAAUGGCCUGGAAUUUCUUAACUCUUAGCUAUUAUGGAUGGGUCCUCAGACAGUAGGAGCUAUUAUAUUUAUAGCUUAAAUACCCUUUUGCUUUCAAGUGUUGUCUUGGAAGAAAAAUAAAUUUAUUUUAUUAUUAUUAUUUUUUUUACUGUUGGAAAAGCCCACUUUGUAUUCAGUCUUUUUUUUUUUUUUCCAGAGUUUUUUGUGCAGUAGUACUACAGUGAAAAUUGCAAACUCUGCUCAUAAAUGUUGCAGGGCAGUAUAGCUAGCACUGUGGCACUUCUGCCUCCAUCACACUAGCUCCUGAACUGUCCCCUGAUGAUCUUCCUUUGUUUUGGUAGGUGGCGAGCAUCCGGUCACUUGGUCCUCUCUUUUAAAAACCUCAUAUACCUUUUGUCCCAUCACUCAUUCCCUCCUUUCUUCCUCAUUCCUUGUGAUUAAUAGGCCUGACUUACUGAAAUAAGUGAUUCAGUUGGGCCAUCAAGAAUCAGUCACCAAGUUGGACGUGGUUGUGUAUGCCCUUAAUCCCAGCACUGGGGAGGCAGAGGCAGGCAGAUCUCUGUGAGAUCAAGACCAGCCUGGUCUCCAUAGUGAAUUCUAGGCCAGCUGGGGCUACAGGAAGACCCUGUUUCAAAAAGACAAAAAAAAAAACCCAAACAACCCCCAAAAAACAGUAUAUAAAAAAAAAUCAGUCACCUUGAUAAAUAAGUGAUGUUUUGGUGAGAAUGGUGAGAAUAAAUGAAGAAUUUUAGAGGAAAGAGUCACUGGCUAACCCUCCCCUCGUUUAAAGCUUCAGCAUAGUCAUAGUUACACAAAAGGAUUAAAAAGUGUCUGAAAUUCUUUUCUUAAAUUUAAACCAUGAUGGUGAGGUGCUGGGGUGUGGGGUAGGACCUGGUAAGCUAGUAAUAAACGGGAGUCCUAACGUGACAUUGAUCGGAUGACCUUAUAUUUUCAGAAUUUUGUAGCUGUUGCUGUCCAUGAACAUACACAUACUUGAGUAGGCAGUUUCCUUUAUUGUGUGCAUUUUUACUGUACACUCUGUUAAGUAAAAUAUAUGUGUAAAGUUACGUCCUUGUGUUCUGAAUGUUAGAUGGACAAGCAGAGGAGCAACACUACCCUGUACUGACCCCUGGGGAAAUAAAAUGAUUACUGUACAUAGGAUGUCACUUUUUCAAGGAUAUAUACAUCUGUGUUUUAAUAUGUAUGGUGUGAAAAUUUGAAACUUCCUGUUGGCUUCAGAAGGUUCUUGUUGAUCCACUAUAUCAAGGAUUUUGUUCCCUGAGGUAAAGACUAUUUCUCAAAAUAGAAACUAUUCACUAAGAAACUUAAAACCACCAGGACUCUAGAUUUACUUGGAUACAAGAAGUUCAGUCCCAUGUUCUGAUCAUCUUUCCACUCUGCAUAUUGUUCUGGAAUGAUGUGUCAAACACCCAGAUCAUUUUUAAGUUUGUGUAGUUGUCCUUUUGUGAUGGAACUUCCUCUUGAGGGUAUUGUCAUGUUUCUGAUAACACUGAAGCUCAAACAAGCUCAUAAAGGACACCAUUAGAAUGAGGGACCUACAAUAAGCAUCUUGCUCCUUACUUCUUCAUUAUCUCUAAUGAAAUUUUCUUGAUGUCUGUGGCUCAGUCAGUAUAUAUUUGGAAAGAUUCAUUGUGGUGAAUAUUUUGAGUCCUGACGUUUAAACGUGAUAGAGGGAACAAAGGAUUUAUAUAUUUUUUGUACAAAGUUUUUUCUUAAACUGUAUAAUUUUGUAAAUAAUUUGUUUGGGUUUUUUUCUUUUGUGUACUAAAACUACCAGCGUAUAGAUUUCAAUAAGAAUUGUUGUAUUUUUGUAUUUGGAAACUGAAAAUUACAGUAAAUUAAUGAAGCUGUAAGAAAAUUUUCAGUAGACUGACAGUUCAACAGAAUGAGAUUCCUUUUCAUAUGAUUUUUUUUAACCUCAAAAUUGACAUCUUUUUACACUCACUAUAGAGAAUUGAGGAUUUGUUUGGCUUUUUAGUUGUUGAGGGCAGAGGAUGAAAGAGGAAAGUGCUAAAGUGAAGAACCAGAUAGGUGUUUUCUUCUUAAGGUUUUGGGUCAUUUGUAUAAAACUUGGGUUUUCAAUGUACCUUAAGAAGAACUGAAAUUCUUUUCAAAUGUCCUUUCUAAAACAUGUUUUACUAAAAAAUGAAUUAAAAUAUGGAUUAAUUAUAUUAUUAUGAAGCUUAAAGUUAGCACAGAACAGGUAAAUUGUGUGUGUGUGUGUGUGUGUGUGUGUGUGUGUGUGUGUGUGUAUCUCCCCUUGGGGAUUUUUUUUUUAACCCCUAUCUGCCAAUCCCCAACUGUUAGAAUUUCUCUUAAAAGUGAAUACCAUGACUUGUUUUCUUGUCAUCUUUAUUUACAGUGAUAAAAUAUAGUAAUUGAGGCAAAUUCGGCUGUUAAUGUGUAUGUUAUCUUUACAUGUAGCAGAUGAGCAGUAACAGUUGCCAGUGUGACUCGGUCAGCCUGAUUUACUUGAUUCCUGCCCAAGCCUAAAAAGAACCCCAAGGAAAGCAAAACUAUGCUCCAUUUCUUCACGUAGCAUUGGUAAAAUGUUAUCCCCCGCUGAGACACUGGAAGGUGGUCCUGUUAGGGUGAAAAGGGUCCAUGAUGGAUCAUUAUUUCAAAAAGAAAAAGAAAAAAAUCAUGUGAAAAGGAAUAGUGGUUCCUCUUGAUGUAUAGUAUGCCUGUAUUAUAGUUUUUACAAAAUUGUGAACUUGUGUAAUAGUAUAAUAGGAGAUAUUGUUGAAUUUCUAACUGUUUAUACAUUUAAAUUCAUAUAUGUAAUGUUUGUUUUAUCGAUUACAAUCUGAAUUUCUAAGAAGCAUGUUGACUUUUUGCAAUAAAGAUGCAAUAUGGAAUGGUUCACAAUUGGGGGAAAAAAAAGAUGAAAAUAUCACAAAUUUUAAAGAAUUUGGAAAAUUUAUGAACCAUUCCAAAAAAUUACAACAAUCACCAAAA